AUGGAUGCUCGUUACGUUCGUGAGGCCUUGGGGGACACCCUUACCCGUGGCUGCGCUCUCGUGGCCCAAUUCAAACCGGAUGAUCCCAUCGAGUGGCUUGCCGACUUUCUUCGCCACGAUGCUAAACAACAAGAGCUUACAAAGCUCCGCCACGCCGAAGCAGAUCGCCGUGCCAAGCUCCUUGAAGAAGCACUGCGCCACGAAGAAGCCGAUCGUCAGCGUCGUGCUGAGGAGGAACGCCUAGCAGCGGAGCGCCGCCCCAAUGCCUUUAUGAAUGCCUGCCAAGAAUAUCUGGCCGAUGUCAAGUCCCGCGAGCAUGGCCUGCGAGCCUCAACUUCUAGCAUUCAAGAGUUUGGCCGGGCGGCUCUCGUGCAUUGCAUUGCCGAUAUUGCUGACGUUAUCAUCAGCGAAGAGGCUCGCAAUCUGGAGGGCUCAGUGCCAAUGGACGUGGUCAGCGUUUUGCGUGCCGGCCUGCUUUUGGUCGGCUACCCCAGCCCAAUGGUCGAGGGCUGGGAAAAGGUCAAGGCCCUCAUUGACCGAGAAACCUUUUGUCGUCGCUUCGAGACCUUUGACGCGAUCAACCACACGAGCAUCAAUCGGGUCGCGGCGGCCGUGCGUGAGAUGGAUGGCAUUGACAUUCAAAGUCGCGUGAUUCAAAAGCACGCCUAUGGCCCUCUUGCUGUCCGCUUCCAUACGUGCACUAUGGCUGCUGUCCAAGCCUUUGGACUUAGCCUUGACGGCGUGUAUCCCAAGGAGACAGUGCAGGAUGGCACCGACAAUGUGACACACAAUGUUUGGCGCCAACCUGCCGAUCCCAACGAAUUUUAUGGUCAAGAAGUCGACGAGGAGGAGCUCAACAAAUCCAAGCUGUGUGGCCUCGAGCUUCUCAACGCCGUGGUUCUUGAUGAUGAGCUCACCAAGAACAAGAUGCGCUUGCGCGUGUUUUGGAAAUGCACCGAGGGAAGCAGCUGCGAUCCUGAUGCCUCCCUUAUCAUGUUCGAUCGCCAUGGUGUCUUGCACGAUAACAUUUAUCACCUCAUCCACUCCAGCCACGACAACUCGAUGCAUCACAUGGGUGACAACACCGAGGCCUCAGCUCACGUGCCUGUGGGUGACGACUUUGAUGAUGAACACUUUAUUCUCAACUUGGCAGAGACUGAUCCAAAUACCUAUGUCAUUGCCGUUGUUCUCAACGUUGCCGUGGACGGUGAGGAUCUCAGCCCUGUCCAGCAAUGCAGCAUGAGCAUUCAUGCCGGCGACAGCGGGCGUGUCCCUCCCAGUGGCUUGGUGGAUUUCAACUUGAGCCGCGUCACACGCUCAGAGAUGCUUUUGGGUCUCAUUUAUCGCGACAUCAAUGAUCCUUCACAAUGGCACAUGAUGGGCCUGGGUGAGGCCAUUCAGGGCGCUGAGCGCGAGAAGGAGGCCUCGCAAAACUUUAUGAAUGCUGCUCCGCUUGCAAUGCGCUACAUCAAGGAAAUGAACCUCAUCCCCCCCAAUCAGGAUCCUAACUUCCAGGCCCCCAACGCUUUCAACCCGUUCAAGAUGAUUCCUGGUGACAACUUUGAGGUCCCUGCGCUUGCUCUGGAGGCACCGGUGGUGAUUGGCAUGGGUUGGGAUGUCGAUGAGGACAUUGCCAUGGAUCUGGAUUGCGGUUUGGCCGUCUAUUCCGGCUCAACACGCACAGACUACUGCGACUUUGAGAAGCUCACCACAAACGAUGGGGCUUGCCAGCAUCAGGGCGACAACCGUGACGGUGAGGGCGAAGGUGACGACGAGCAAAUCAUCAUCGAGUUUGGCAAGCUGGAUCCUCUCUCCGAUGCCCUCUUCCUGUACGCCGCCGUGUAUGAGGGCGGUGCUCUCAAGGAUGUCGAGAACGUGCACAUUCGCAUGGUGACGCAGCGCGAUGGCAAGCUGAAGGAAAUUUGCCGCUUCUCACUGGAUUGGCUGGCGAAUGUUGAAGAGGACACAGCCGUCAUUCUGGCUCGCAUCAGCCGCACCGAGAACGGCGGUUUUGCCUUUAACACCAUCGGUGUGACAGCACACGGCCGCACCAUUGAGGAGCUUGAGGGCAGGUUGCAACAACAUUUGCAAUGA